AUGAUACCUAUAAAUUAUCCUAUUUUCAGAGCGCUGACAAAAUUCUACCAGCAUGUCCUUUCUUUGGUCUUUGCUGUGAAGGAGAUCAAUGAGAAUCCAGAAAUCUUGUCCAAUGUCACUCUUGGCUUCCAUAUCCAUGACAGUUACCACAGCGCAAUGAUGACCUAUCGGACCACUCUAGACCUCCUGUUCAGGUCACAGAAAUUUGUCCCCAACUUCAAGUGUGACACCAGGAAAAAUCUCAUUUCCAUCAUUGGGGGGCUCAGCUUUGAAACUUCCUCCUAUAUUGCUGACCUUUUACGGUUUUACAAGAUUCCACAGCUCACAUAUGGGUCAUUUACUCCGCAGGAUAUACACAGCGCUGAGAUUCCCUUCUAUUACUCCAUGGUCCCAAAUGAGUCCACCCAAUAUAUUGGGAUUAUCCGACUGCUUCAACAUUUUGGGUGGAGGUGGGUUGGUCUCCUUGCUAUUGACAAUAGGCACGGAGAUUAUUUUCUGCAGACCAUGGAGUCUCUCUUUUCCCAACACGGAAUCUGCUCUGCUUGUACGCAAAGAAUUCCCUUUUUAACUUAUUGGGAUAAAUUAUUUGAGAUGCUGGAGAAAGGGAGAAACAUUUACGACCAGAUCAGUACUGAACAGGUCAACACCUUUAUCAUCUGCGGAGAAUCUUUGUCGGUUAUAUGGAUGACGAGUAUCAUUUUUUGGAUCGAUCCCGGACUUGGGCAGAGUUCUUUGGGGAAAGUGUGGAUCAUGACUGCCCAGAUGGAUUACAUAUUAACAGGAAUGCAGAGAAAAUGGGAUCGGCAGUUCUUUGACGGGGCCAUUUUUUUAACCAUUCACUCCCGAGACAUUCCAGGGUUCAAGGAAUUCCUGAAGUUCAUGAAACCUCCUUGGAUUCAGCAAGAUGGAUUUUUCUCACUUUUCUGGGAACAAGUAUUUGAUUGUUCAUUGCCAUCUCCUCCUGUGACCUUUCUGGAUGAUGACACUUGUACUGGAGAGGAGAGGUUGGAGAACAUUCCCGGGGCACUUUUUGAGGUGCAGUUGACUGGGCACAGCUAUAGUAUUUAUAAUGCUGUCCAUGUAUUGGCUCUAGCUUUACAUGCUCUCUCCUUACUUCGAUCUAAUGCCAGGAAUUUGGUGAGGCGCCAAUUAUCAGGAUAUGAAGAUGCGCAAUCCUGGCAGCUCCACCAAUUUCUUAAAGACAUGAAGUUCAACAAUUCGCUUGGAGAGGCCUUGGUUUUUUAUGAUCAAAAGAAGAUGGAAGGUGUAUUUGAUAUCAUCAACAUAGUCACCUUUCCCAAUUCCACCUUCCAGAGACGAAAGGUUGGAAAAGUGGAUCCAGAUGCUCUGAAUGGAAAGGAAUUAGACAUAAAUGAAGACAUGAUAAUCUGGCAUAGAUCAUUUAACCAGGUGCUUCCCAUUUCUCUGUGCAAUGAACGUUGUCACCCUGGUUAUCAAAAAAGAAAGAAUGAAGGGGGGAAAUUCUGCUGUUACGAUUGUGUUCCAUGUCCAGAAGGGAAAAUAGCCAAAGAAAUGGACACUGUUGCUUGCUUUCAAUGUCCUGGUGAUCAAUAUGCAAACCAUAAGAAAGAUGGAUGUGUCAUGAAAACAAUUAACUUCUUGUUUUAUAAAGACGUUUUAGGACUCAGUUUAAUCACUGUUGCUACUUUACUCUUCCUCACCACGAUAUGGAUAUUGGGAACAUUUAUUAAGCACAAAGACAGUCCCAUCGUCAAAGCCAAUAAUCGAGAUCUCACCUACACCCUCCUCAUCUCCCUUCUGUUCUGCUUCCUAUGCCCUUUCCUCUUUCUUGGACAACCUGGGAGAGUCACCUGUCUCCUCAGACAGUCUGCAUUUGGUGUCAUCUUCUCAUUGGCCGUCUCUUGUGUAUUGGCCAAAACCAUCCUUGUUUCUCUUGCUUUCAAAGCCACCAAACCAGGAUCUCGGAUGAGAAUAUGGGUGGGAAAAAGACUGGCUGUUUCUAUUGUCCUUCUCUGCACUCUCUUCCAAGCAGGCAUCUGUACUGUUUGGUUAUCUACCUCUCCCCCAUUCCCAGAAUUAGACAUGCAUUCAACAACUGAAGAAAUGGUUCUACAAUGCAACGAAGGGUCAGUUGCUAUGUUUUAUUGUGUCAUGAGCUAUAUGGCCCUCCUUUCAUUUGCCAGCUUCAUUGUGGCUUUCCAGGCUCGUAAUCUGCCCGAUAGCUUUAAUGAAGCCAAGUUCAUAACCUUCAGCAUGUUGGCUUUCUGCAGUGUGUGGGUCUCCUUUGUGCCAACUUACCUGAGCACAAAAGGAAAAGCUAUGGUGGCUGUGGAGAUCUUCUCUAUCUUGUCUUCCAGUGCUGGACUUCUAGGAUGCAUCUUUUUCCCCAAGUGUUACAUUAUUGUUUUGAGGCCUGAUUUAAACAACAGGGAACAGCUGAUAAGAAGACAUGUUUAA